AUGCUCUUGGCUCAGGUGAACCGGGAUAGCCAGGGUAUGGAGUUCCAAGGCACGGAUGGAGACGGACAGCAGGUCACCCUGUGUCUGGCUGAGGCAGUCACAGUAGGAGAUAACGACCACCUCGAGAAUAUGGACACAGUGAGUCUGCAGGCUGUUACCCUGGUUGAUGGCUCAACAGCAUAUAUACAGCACAGCCCCAAAGUUUCUCUUUCAGAUAGUAAGAUAAUGGAGGGACAGGUCAUCCAGUUGGAGGAUGGAUCUGCAGCAUAUGUCCAGCACUUAUCAGUGCCAAAAGGAGGUGGAGAAAGUCUGCAUUUGGAGGAUGGCCAAGCUGUACAGCUGGAGGAUGGAACAACGGCUUUUAUUCACGCCCCCAAAGAGACGUACGAUCAGGGUGGGCUACAAGCAGUGCAGUUGGAAGACGGCACGACUGCCUACAUCCAGCACACCGUACACAUGCCUCAGUCCAACACCAUCCUGGCGAUUCAGGCCGACGGCACGGUGGCAGACCUGCAGGCAGAGGGCUCUAUCGACUCCGAGACCAUUAGCGUCCUAGAGCAAUACUCAGCCAAGGUGGAGGGGACUGACUGUGGUACAGGUCUCUUGGGCAGGGAGGACAGUGAUGGCGGCGUGCACAUGCAGAUUGUCCUGCAGAGUCAGGAGAGCAGGUCGUCCAGGGUGCAACACGUCGGCGAAAAAUCCUUCCGCUGUGAACACCCGGGCUGUGGUAAACUCUACACCACAGCACACCACCUCAAGGUACAUGAGAGAUCUCAUACAGGGGACAAACCUUACGUAUGUGAGCAUUUGGGCUGCGGCAAGAAGUUUGCCACAGGAUAUGGCCUGAAAAGUCACAUCCGAACACACACUGGGGAAAAACCAUAUCGCUGUCAGGAGAUGAACUGCCAUAAGUCUUUUAAGACCUCAGGGGAUCUCCAGAAACACACACGGACACACACAGGAGAAAAGCCUUUCAAAUGUCCUUUCGAAGGCUGCGGUCGAUCUUUCACCACGUCCAACAUUCGAAAGGUCCACAUCCGAACGCACACGGGCGAGAGGCCGUACUACUGCUCCGAGCCGUGCUGCGGAAGGGCUUUCGCCAGCGCCACCAACUACAAAAACCACAUGAGGAUCCACACAGGAGAGAAGCCCUAUGUGUGCACAGUGCCUGGAUGCGACAAACGUUUCACAGAGUACUCCAGUCUUUACAAGCACCAUGUGGUUCACACACCCUGCAAACCCUACAACUGUAACCACUGUGGGAAGACCUACAAGCAGAUCUCCACGCUGGCCAUGCACAAACGCACGGCACACAACGACACGGAGCCCAUCGAGGAGGAGCAGGAGGCUUAUUUUGAACCUCCUACAGAGGCUGUUGAUGACCCCGGGAUGACCUUUACCCCUGCAGUGGUAGAGGAGGACUCCGGGUCAGAGCAGGUUUCUGCUGGAUCCGCAGAAAUCUUGAGUCCGCAACAUGUGGCUCUCAUAUCUCAGGAUGGGACACAGCAGGUUAGUCUGUCACAGGCAGAUAUGCAGGCUAUGGGAGGAACAAUAACCAUGGUAACGCAAGAGGGAACUACCAUAACUAUCCCGACUCAUGAAGCAAUGCUUGCCUCAGGAGGGACUCACUCCGUCACCAUGGUUACAGCUGAUGGCACAGAGGGGCAGGUAGCCAUUGUCACCCCAGACCUGUCCGCAUUUCAGACGGAGGAAGAUGAGCUCACACAGGGCCAUAACACAGCCAGCGCACACCCAGUCACACUCCUGGCCACUUCCAACGGCACACACAUUGCUGUGCAGCUGAGUGACCAACCCUCGCUGGAAGAGGCUAUAAGGAUUGCGUCACGCAUACAACAAGGAGAGAGCCCUGGAAUGGAUGAUUAA